CUUCCCGCAAACUGCUGGAGGACCUCGACUCAUCUGGAGCUGGAGAGGCUGUAGGAUCAACAACAUGCAGAGAAAUUCUUGCUCCCUGGUGGUGGAACCAUAUCAACCAGACCUUGUUAUCGAUAUAGGAAAAAUAACUCUGGGUGAAACAAACAGAAACAAUUUGCAAGGAAAUCAGAAACAGCAGGAGAAGGAGACACUUUUACAGGCUGCGUGUGCUCUGUUAAACUCCGGAGGAGGAGUGAUUCGGAUGGAAAUGACAGAAGAGGUUGAACAUGCUGGGGAGCUGGGACUGGACCUGGAAAACGCCUUGAGAGAGCUUAUUCAGUCUUUAGAUUUGGAGACUUUCUUUGAAACUAAGCAAUACAGGGCAUAUUUUUACAUUUUUGUUAAAUCAUGGAGCAGUGGCUCUUCAGAUGGUUCCUUUAUGGCCAGAAUUUGUAGUCUGAGUCCUUCGUUGUACCGUAGAUCUGGUACCUCUAAGUGGCCCAUGGACUCAAGAGCUGCAUUUGAUUUCCUGAAGACUAAGAAAGAGAGAGCAAAACAAAGUAUUGUCCACACACUGAAUGAAGAAUCUUCAUCCAGUAAAACUCUAAGAGUUACAGAGCGGGACAUCUCUGAACCAAAUUCUGCUUUCCAUGUUUUCCAAAAAGACUGGCUUGCAUUCCAGGAAACUCUGUCUUUUCCUGAGUCUCAAACAGUAGAGUUUAAACAGUUCUCCACAAAACACAUCCAGGAAUAUGUAAAAAACAUAAUUCCGGAGUACAUCUCUGCAUUUGCCAACACUGGGGGAGGCUAUCUUUUUAUUGGAGUGGAUGACAAGACCAAGAAAGUCUUGGGAUGCUCAAAAGACAAGGUUGAUCCUGUCUCUUUAAAAACAGUGAUAGAUAAAGAAAUUUCCAAGUUACCUAUUUUCCAUUUCUGCUCUUCAAAUGCACCAGUAUCCUAUGAGACCAAGGUCAUAGAAGUGCGUAUAGUGAGUGAGCUGUAUGGUUAUGUCUGUGUGCUAAAAGUAGAGCCAUUCUGCUGUGUGGUAUUCUCAAGAGCUCCCAGUUCAUGGAUGGUGGAGGAGAGGAAGGGCAUCUAUCCCCUGACAACUGAAGAAUGGGUAAGAAGGAUGAUGGAUACUGACCCAGAGUUGCCUGAAGCUUUUGAAUCCCAGCUGAGUCUGUCUGACAGUCCUCCAAGCUGCAGACCGGUGUAUUCCAAGAAAGGUCUGAAACAUAAAUGUGAUCUCCAACAGUAUUUCUUUCCAGUGAGGCCAAAACAAGAAAAAAUCAGACAUUCUCCUGAAGCCCUCUGGGAGGAGCUGUGCAAAGAACAUGAAGGACUGGAGGAAUUAAUAGGCCAGCAACUUUCUCCUUCCACCUGGGGAAUUCUGAUAGUCUCGAGAAGCUGGGCUGUGGACUUGGGCUUGCAAGAGAGGCAGGGAGUCAUCUGUGAUGUGCUUCUCAUUGCACACAACAAUCCCCCCAUACUCUUCACCAUUCUCAGGGAGCAAGAAGCAGGUGGACAGGACUACUGCACCUACACUGCCUUUACACUGAAGCAGAAGCUGGUGAACAUGGGUGGCUAUACCGGGAAGCUGUGUGUCAUGGCCAAGGUUCUCUACCUGAGUCCACAGAGCAAUGCAGAGUCAGUGGAGGUGUCAGAAUCUCUAAUAGAUUACCCCCUGUCCUAUAACCUAGCAGAUGCCCAGCAAAUGGAAGCCUUGCUGCAGGCCCUUGUGAUUGUCUUGCUCAGCUUUCCAUCUUUCCUGAGUGACCAACUUGGCUGUAAGGUAUUAAACUUGCUCACAGCCCAACAGUAUAAGAUUUUCUCUAAAAACCUCCGCAAGAACAGGGAAUUGUUUAUCCAUGGCUUGCCUGGCUCAGGAAAGACAGUCAUGGCCAUAAAGAUCAUAGAAAAGAUCAAGAAUGUGUUUCACUGUAAGUCAAAUCAAAUUCUCUACAUUUGUGAAAACCAGCCUUUGAAGAACUUAAUCAGUGCAAAAAAAAUUUGCCAGGCAGUGACAAGAAAGACCUUCAUGAAGAAUAUCUAUGAAGAAAUCGAACACAUCAUCAUUGAUGAAGCUCAGAAUUUCCGCACUGAAAAUGGUCCAUGGUACAGGAAGGCAAAAAACAUCACUCGGAGAAAAAAGGAUUGUCCAGGAAUUCUCUGGAUCUUUCUGGACUACUUUCAGACGAGUCACUUGUGUGAUAGUGGCCUUCCAUCCUUCAGAGCCCAGUAUCCAAGAGAGAAACUCAGCAGAGUGGUUCGCAAUGCAGAUGUGAUAGCCCACUACCUACAAGAGAUAAUGCAGAACAUCAGAAAAAAUCCUCCAACCAAUAUCCCCUGUGAAUCCCUGCAGAUGUUUCUUAAAGUUGAAGGGGUUCAGGGUGUUCCAGGCAACUUAAAGAUUGAACACUUGGACUUAGAGAACAUGGUGAAUUAUGUGUCAAUGAAGUAUAAGGAUUUCUUGAAGAAUGGCUAUUCUCCCAAAGACAUUGCUGUGCUUUUCAGCACAGCAAAUGAAGUGGAGAUAUAUAAAAAUAUGUUUUUAAAAGAAAUGAAGAAGAGAACAAUUUCUCAGACCAAUGAUGCAUCCACAUCUGCCAGUCCCAUAUUUGAUAGUAUCCGUAGAUUCUCAGGCCUAGAAAGAAACAUUGUGUUUGGGAUCAAUUCUUCGGCAACUGAGCCAGCUAUUUACUACAAUCUUCUGCUCUGUCUGGCUUCCAGGGCAAAUCAACAUCUGUAUAUUCUGAACCUUAUUGAUUUCAAUCCUGAGCUCAAGAUAUAAUAGAGGCAAAAUAGUUGGUCUAGGGCUGGGAAGGUGGCU